GUAAGGCAUGGAUCGGUGCCUCAGGGAUCUUCUCUCACCGCUUGCAUCUUGACGAUCUCCAACUCUCCGCAUCUUUCUCCCUCCAAUUCGGUGGUCGUGUGCCAUAAUGGAGACCUGGCUAUAAACGAUGUCGGACCUCUCAGGUUCGCGAUCUCCGAUCCCUCCUCCUCCUCCACCUCCGCCACAAAAGUACUCGAAUCGUGCCGCCAAUGCCCUUGCUAGAUUCGCCCAACCUUUCUUCUUGGGCUCAAGACCACCUAGUCCCCAAAGCAGUCGUGCGGAUGGUCCCCGGUCGGUCAGAUCCAAAUCACUACCAGGAGAACCGCAGACUGUGACCCACAAAACAGGCAUAGCAAUCACGUCUUUGGACAUUUCGCCAGAACGGACACAUGCGGUUAUCGCAGGCAAGGAGAUCCUCAAAACCAUCCAGGUCUCCCCAGACCGCUCGUCAGAGGAAUUCAAUAUUCGAAAUGCAGUCAUUAGCUAUGCAUCUACCCACCACGACGUGGGCGUUUCGAUGCCACACAAGGACCAAUUGAAUGUGAAGGACGUAAAAUGGUCACAUGGGAACUAUGACCGGAUAAUCGCAACUGCAGUCGCAAAUGGUCGGAUUGUGGUUUACGACCUCCAGCGGCCCGGUCUCCAAUUAUGUCGUUUCCAUGGUCAUAAUCGCCAGGUGCACAGGCUUGCCUUCAACCCUCAUCUUCCUUCUUGGCUCCUGUCCGGCAGUCAAGAUGGCACAAUUCGGAUGUGGGAUCUGCGAUCCGCCUCUGCAAAUCGGGGAACUUCCACGUGCCCUAGCAAACAUUCGUAUCAGGGCAACAGCGAUGCCAUCCGGGACGUCCGGUGGUCGCCUAAUGAUGGGGUUAUAUUUGCGACUGCUUCAGACAGCGGCGCGAUCCAGAUGUGGGAUUAUCGAAAGGUCAACGCCCCACUGUUGAGGAUCGCCGCUCAUGAUCACCCAUGCUAUGCAGUCGACUGGCACCCCGACGGAAAGCAUAUUGUUAGUGGUGGCACGGAUCGCCAGGUAAAGGUCUGGGACUUUUCUUCAUCCGCAGAGCGGCGGCAGAAACCUGCAUUCCAGUUCCGGACGCCCCAGGCGGUCACAAACGUUCGAUGGAGGCCUCCUUCUUGGGUUGGUGAGUCUCCUGCCUCGGGAGAAUGGCAAUCGUCUCAAGUCGUCACGUCCUACGACAAAGAAGAUCCACGCAUUCACCUUUGGGAUCUCCGUCGCCCGCAUGUUCCAUUCCGCGAGUUCGAUCGGUACGAUGCACCCGCAUCGGAUCUGCUCUGGCGCUCCAAGGAUCUUUUGUGGACGGUCGGCGAGGCCGGGGCCUUUACCCAGACUGAUGUUCGGUAUGCGCCAACUGUGGUCAAUCGCCGACCGAUGUGCUCUGUGGCCUGGAGUCCCAAUGGCGAGUUUGUUGCGUUUAGUCAACAACGACCCAGGCGGCGUCCUCUGGGAGUCAAUGCCGCAGAAUUUCUACGGACCGAAGAAGACGACUAUAGCACUGGCGAGAGAUCACUAAGCCAGAGCCCUGCAGAUGACAUCUUUGACGAAGCCGUCUUGGCCACUUCCCUUCGGAAUCGACAUACCAAAUCGACCACGAUUCGAGCAUCCAAGUCUUUGGGCAGUACUCCGCCCGGAGCAGUGGAUUUCAUACCCGUGCUCCCUCUAGAACAAGCAUUGGCCAAGCUCGCAACCCCGGUGCCUAGUCAGGCGGGGAUCAUCACAAGUAUUCCGGGUGCUACAAACAACCCAGCAGUCUUUCGGUAUUUGGCAAGCCACUAUACACCGUUGAUGGAUGAGCAUAGUGAACAUAGAACGCAGACAGACGUCCUAAACACUUUGAUUGAAUCACUAGACCACAACGCUGAAUGUGCAGACGAGGUAUCCCUGGCCAGAUUGGCUCAGACUUGGAGAAUUGUCAAAUUCGCUAUUCUCGAAGAACUCCAACGUAGAGCUAGGGAUCAUCCAGCAAAAGGUGGUCCGAAAGACAGGUUAUCCAAGGAUGGAGGGUUGGUAGACAGGCCACGACCCGAUGAUGGUCGACAGGACAGAGUCAAAAGUCGGUUGUUCAAAGGGGUCAUGGAGGCGGUUCCCGAGGGUGAAAGCUCGUCGAAUAUGACCACCCCUCUUGCGCGCCCAUUGCCCGAUUCCCCGAAAGACUCCUGGUCGAGCACUGAUUCUCAAAUGCCCUCGUUGAGCGAUGGGGCGAUCGACCUUGACCCUCUCCCGCCAUCAGUUUUGAGUGACCAUAACGGUUGGGGUAUGUCGGAUCAUAUACCCUUGCCGCGUGGACGACUAUCAUCAACCGAUGAUACUCACUCAUCGAAGUAUCUAUGGGAUCCCACACAAGAAGACUUGGACAUGGAGCAACGGUCUGCGCCUCGGGCAAUUGCCGGCAAAGCAGAUUGGCGCCGUCACGGUCACUCAGACUUCCCUCAGGGAAAUUCCGAGGAUGACUAUGACCAAAAGCUGGAGGAUAAACGUGCAGCGAUUCGUGACUACAAGCAAUUUCCCAAGAAACCCUUGACUCUUGAAUCGCCAAUGGAGUCUAAUCGGCCGCCCCGUACCGACCGUUAUAGCCGGCAUGAUUCUUCGGAGAGUUUUCCCAUGUUCUCUACAUCUACCGACAGUUCACACCCCUCCAAGUCUAUUGGUGCGUCUUACUCGUCUACUGGACAUCUUGACGCAUCUAAAUCUCUGGAUGCUGGACAAUCUGCUUCAGCACUGAGAAGAGGAUCGAUUCUAGCCUCUACACGCGAGGAAUCUGAGGAUGAGAUCUUUGACCAUGUCGUCUCAGAGAAUGAUCAACUUCAUCUGGAGCGGCCACAGCAGCAAACUUCCCCACCAGAUGAUACACCCUACCUCGGCACCACGCCUUAUUCAACAAUGGGCGGUAUGUCGCGAGUGCAGAUCCCGCUCACGCCAGACGGAACAGACUUGAAACCGUGGGGUAUUGAAGCGAUUCUGAAAGAAUCAGUCCGAUAUUACCACAGCAGUAGCAGCUUAGUCGAUAUCCAGGCUGCCGCCCAUCUUCUCCAGAAGCUGCACGUUCUUUUCCGGGACUGCGAACAAAUUCUCCCGUACGAGGAAUGUGAAACGGUCUUCAAAACUUACAAUGAGCACCUGAUUCGGCACUCGAUGGACCUUGAGGCGGCAGAGCUCCGCCUAUUUUGUGUAUCAACAUAUCCUGCCGUCUAUGAAUACGCCCAGACAGAUUCAUUCAUCAACGUCUACUGCUACACGUGUCAACGACCCUUUGAAAAUCCCACCCAAGACAAUAGCCGCUGUUAUCGCUGCAGCACACCUCAGGCACCAUGCUCUAUUUGCGUGAGCCUUGAUCCACCCCCAGAAUGGGUUUUAGAGCAGCAAAAUCCAUCAAUCACUUCAUCAACCCUCACCAGUCCCGACCCAGACUCCGAGGCCACUUCAAACUAUUCCUCACAGUCCUCAUUUCCCACUGAACCCCUCCCAGAGUCGGAGAUCGAGAUGCUCGAGCCCUUCACUGUACCUCGGCCCAAAGGCUCCGCCCUCUGGACCUGGUGCCAAGGCUGCGGCCACGGCGGCCAUCUAGCCUGCAUCACUGCCUGGCUCGGCGACAUCUCAACCAGCGAAGGUGGCUGUGCCACCGCCGGCUGCUCGCAUGACUGCGGGCCUGGCCCACGUCGUGAAAUAAACCGCCAAGCCCUGCAGGCGGAGUCCAAGCGUCGCGAUUCUGCUAGUCGCUCCGCCGGUGUCGGGCUCGUUAAACGUGAUCCCUGGACCAAGGGUGAAAGUAAGGCCGUCGAGAAAGUCCGCGGCAUGUUGGGUGUCGCUGGCGUCGCCGCUGCCACUGGUGGCAGUGGUGCUGGCCCGAUCACUUCGACAAGCAAUACUUCCUCUCCGGCGCCGGUCUCACCCGGCGCCAUGUCGCCUAAGAGGGUGCGACUUGUUACCCCAAAUGAGCAAGAGAAGGAAAGUGUUGCCUCGGCUCGCACAGGUCCUCCUUCGAGGGACUGA